GCCAUCUGCAAGAGAGCGAUUUGGGCGCACGUUUGAUGUUAUCGAGAGUUGAAUUGUCUGUGCUGCAAAAACCAAAAUUUGAUGGAAAAGGGACCAGAUAUAUCAUAAAAACUUUUUUAUUUUUUGCGCAUAGUUAAUUUGAGCCAAAAUGUUGGCCAGUAGAUUUUUAAAAGUGCCUAUACAGAUUCAGAAAUCCAACCUUCAAUUAAAACUACUAAGUACUGUGUCACCAAAACGCGAGAAGUUAGUUAUAUUAGGAACAGGCUGGGGAGGUUAUAGUGUUCUCAAGAAUGUUAACAAAGAAAAGUUUGAUGUAAUUGUCGUCAGCCCUAGAAACCAUUUUUUAUUUACACCACUACUUGCCAGUACUACAGUGGGGACACUUGAGUUCAGAUCUAUUAUUCAACCAAUUCGUGAAUCAGGAUUUCGUGAUUCUGCCCAUUUUCAUCUGUCUCAUGCCUCUAAGUUAGAUAUGAAGAAUAAAGUAUUACAUUGUGAGAGUGUAUUAACACCUGAUCUACAGUAUACUAUAGAUUAUGAUAAGUUAGUUAUAGCUGUAGGAGCUCUCAGUAAUACCUUUGGUGUACCUGGUGUUGAAGAACACGCUUUUUUUCUUAAGGAAGUGGUAGAUGCUAGGAAGAUUAGAAAUCGUAUAUUGAAUAAUUUUGAGUUAUCAUUAGGACCUAAAACUACCGAAUCAGAAUCUAGAAGAUUGUUACAUACAGUCAUUGUGGGUGGAGGACCAACUGGAGUAGAAUUUGGUGCUGAAUUGUAUGAUUUUGUACAACAGGAUGUAGCUAAACUUUAUAGACAGAAACAGAAAGAAGUGACAGUGACACUAGUGGAAUCAGAUAAAAUAUUGGGAUCAUUUGAUGCCAGAUUACAGAAACAUGCUGAGAAGAAAAUUCAAGCUAGAGAAAGAUUUAAGUUAGUUAAAUCAUCUGUAACAGAGGUAUAUAAUGAUAGUGUAAAGUUACAAGAUGGUACUAUUAUACCAUGUGGUUUAGUGGUAUGGAGUACUGGGCUAGCACCUAGAUGGUUCACCAGCCACUUCAAUGUUCCUAAAAAUAAAAGAGGCCAGAUAUUAACAGAUGGAUGUUUAAGAGUAGUAGAAGAUCCUAAUCAAUGUGUAUAUGCAGUAGGUGAUUGUGCUGAUAUUAAAGAUAGACCUUUACCUUGUACUGCACAGGUAGCAGAAAAACAAGGUAAAUAUUUAUCUGAAGUUAUAAGUGGUAAAACCAGCCCAGCAGCUGAAUUUGAGUUUAAGAAUAUGGGAAUGUUAGCCUAUGUUGGUGGAUAUCAAGGUUUAACAGAUACACCUAAAGUUAAAUUACGAGAUUUAUUUGUUUUUUCAGGAUUUACAUCAUGGUUGCUAUGGAGAUCUGCCUAUUUAACUAGGUUAGGUAGUUGGAGAUUGAGAAUGCAGGUUCCAAUGGAUUGGUUAAAAACUUUGUUGUUUGGUAGAGAUAUAUCUAGAUUUGAUUAA